UGAUAAUAUUGGCAUGUGCCUAUGAUUUAAGGUACAUGUUUAUUUUCUUUGCAGGUUAUAGUUUUGCAGUACUUGUAUAUCCCUUAAAUCAGAUCCCUUAAAAUAUGGAAACAGAUACUACGUAAAAGCUAAUGCUGUACGAUUUUAGUGGUCAAAUUAGUGUAUCAUUUUAGAGUGCUGAACAAGGUGAGGACUUUAUGUGCUUACUUGUAAACAUGUGAAACUAUCUCAUGAAGCACCUCUUAGAGUCUCUGCACAAAAGUGCUCCUGAGUUCAAGACUCUCUCCUAUCCCCCCAAAGAAAAAAGGGAAAAAAGAAGCUAAUAUCUCUUUGAACAUAUGGCAUCUGGUAUAUGUUAUUUACUCAAUUUUGGUCCAUUGGAAUUUUUAGGGCAGAUAACAUUGGAUGUAAUAUCUGUAUGGUAACUGGAUACUAGUGGAUGCUUAACAUGUUGUUCCCAAUCAAGUAUGAGUAACGGUUAUAAAUAAAGGAAGAUUGUCGUGUAUGGGUAUAUGCUUGGCCCAACUGCUGAAUAUGCUAGGAUUCUUUUCAUGAAGAAUAAUAAAAUAGAUCUGUAAAAUAAUAAUAGCUAUUCAGAAUUCCCAAGUUCUGUGGUGAUCUGUACAGGCAAAAGAGGCAACCCAUUUCAUCGUCAUCAGUAUGUUUGCCUGGUGACCAAAUCCUAUUUUCAGGCUUUUCAGCUACUCUCUCCCCACAGCAAAAAAAAAGGACGCAUUGUUCUCCUUUCCCUGCAUGACCAUUAAUCAUUGUGGAAUGUCAAAGUUCAUAUCCAUGCAAACAAAGACACUCAAAGACUCAAAGUUAGAACCCAAUGAACUUCUUGGAAUUUGGUUCUGUUGAAUCUAUUGUAGCUCCUGAAAUAAUUUUGUCGAACUGUAGACCCUAGACACUCAAAGACUCAAAGUCAGAACCCAAUGAACUUCCUGGAAUUUGGUUCUGUUGAAUCUAUUGUAGCUCCUGAAAUAAUUUUGUCGAACUGUAGACCCUUUUGCAGCUGAUUAGAACAUGUUUAAAGAACUUUGGACACCUACUGGCAGAUGCAAGAUAAUGUGGGUAAUGAUAUCAGUGGUAAGCAACAUGGGUAAAGUUGGUAAAACAAAAUACUCAAGGCUCUUUGGCUAUGAGCAUGUGACAGGUUUAAAUGGUUAGGACUUAUGGACUUUUACUGCUAACCCUGAAAAAUGGAUCAAUUUACGAUGUUGAAAUGCAGAAAUAGUUCAAUGUUGUUUGAUUAAAGUAUCAAUAAACUUGUAUCAGAUAAUAUUGCAAGUUGAUUAUCUUGUACAUCAUCUAACUAUUUUGUUGUUUCUGAGGACUACAGCUUUGGCUCAAAAGAAUUAUGAGGCCACUCGAGUAUUAGCAGCACAAGAAGACAUUUUGGAAAAAGAGCUUGGAGAAAUUCAAAAGGUUUUGCUGGCUAUGCAGGUGAGUGUUCUCCAUUCCCGGGUGGUGGAUAAACUUCCAUGGACUUCCAUUGAGAAUUGACUGUUUUCAAUGAUUUUGGGAAUAAUAUAUUAACUUCCAUGGAGUUCUUCCAUUAGUGAUUCAGCUGGUAGAAAAAGAUCGUUGAUUAGUUUGGUUAUUGUCCCUUUUACAAGCUAAAAUGCCAAGGAUGAGCAGUAGCAAAAACAACUUGAGCUAAUUCUUGCAAUUGCGACUUCUGGGAAGGUUCGGGAAAGUAGACAGUUCUUUACGACGCCGUAUGAGCAGCCUUCUUCUAGCGCGGGUAUCGGCUCACGAAGCACUGCAAGUACAGAGAAUACCAGUCCGCUACUUGCAGAGAGACUUUGAGUGCGAAAGAGAUGGAGGAAUUGAGGAAACUGGAAGAUGUCCAGAGAAUGCUGACGUUUUUACAAUCUCGAGGCCUUCUAACGACGUCGUCGCAUGACGACUCGAGUUCCUUUCUCGCCAAGCUCAUCCUCUUCCUAGAACAACCAUGUGGAGAGCUUGAUUUGGGGAAAAAGUGCAGUUUGGUUUCAGAAUAUAUGCCAAGGAUUUCUGCUGCAUUUCUUGAGGAAGCAUCCAAAUGCAUUACCGGCGAAGGCCAUGGAGAAAAUUGUGAAAAUGCUUUGCAGUUUGACUGUGGCCAUAAGCUGGAGUCUAGUUCAUUGCACACUGAUUUUGAAGAGAUGGCUAUGGUUGGACUGGACGCAAUGCAACGAGCAAAUUCUACCCUUGAAGAUUUUUGCAGAUCUUAUUUUAUGUUCCAUGGAAUGGAUAUAAACAAACCACAGUCAAUAUUCCAAUAUCUACCUAUGCUUUCAUUCACAGAAAGUUACAUUUAUCAGCUUGAUGCUUUGAAUGAGAAGACACUUCAUGCAGCAAGCAGUGAAUUGACCAUUUCAGAAAGAGGAACUGAGGCGGAAGGUCAGUGGCUAAUUGCUCGGUGUGCAAGUGCAUUUAAGGGUGCGCCAUUCAGACCACUGUCAUGUGCACUUGAAUGUCAUGGCCUUUUGACAAAGAGGAUGCAAGAUGAGUUUAAAUCUGGAGAAGAGUAUUGGGCGCUGGAAAGAAAGCUUUGUUAUGCACUGAUGAAUAAAAUGGAGAUAGUUGUUGAAGAUGUUGUAAAGGCAAUUCAUCUGAAAUCCUUUGAUUAUCGUGUGCUGAAUCUUUUACUGUACCAGAUUAGGGGUGAAGAGGUUGAUGAGCUGCAUAUGGAAUUUUUAUCAAUCUCAGAAUUCCUAGUUGAGGUAGCUGAUGAUCUGUUUGACUAUGAGGAGGAUGUAAUAGAAAAUAGUUUCAAUAUAUUGCGCAUGUUUGUCAAAAUGUAUGGAGCUUCUGCACCAACUGUGCUGGCAAAAUAUAUAGUUGAGGCUGAAGAGAAGUACAACAAUUUACUGAAACGGCUCGAUCCACAGCUGUCCUUGAAUUACCAGAGAAGAUGUGUAGAAGCAACUAAAGAGGGAGGGAGUGCGUCUGCACAUCCACUCGGAGCAUGGAGUAUACCACCUCUAAUACUAGACGAGGAAUUUUAUCGAUCCAGUCUGUUAGAUCAGAGAUAAGAAAUUGUAAAACCAGUCUGGAUUUUGGUUCAGUGUCAGCAUUACAGAUAUUUGAACAAAAAAGAGUACUUGACGUAAAACUGGCUUACCGUUGGAACUCGGAUCUGCUGCAAUCUUUAGUGCCUAAAUCUGAGCUACAUGGUGGAAAAUAGUACUAUAUGCAAGAGAUUGGGUUUUCUAUUUUUCUAGGUUGUUAAAUUAGAAAGAUAAUCGCCUGGAAAUGCUCAAUUGGUAUAUCACCUUGUGUCUCUCUCUUUCAUCACGUGGUCAUACAAUACAAUCGAUUGCAAGGAAGAUUCUCUUAAACGGCGGUGAUGCCACUUCUAUCUUAUAUGGAAAUUGUUGUCACCGUUUUGCGUUUGAAUAAUUCAAAAGUAGUUGAGACUUGUGCUUCAUUUGGAACAAAAACAAGAAAAGAAAGUAAUAUAUCCAAAUAUAAUGAGCAGAUUGGUGCUUGGAAUUCAAAGACUAGGGUGGGUGGUUUUGGGUGGGUGUUAAGAGAGUUUGCUGGGAUCUUCAAGCGAGCUGGGGGUGUGGGACCAUUGUUGCUGAGGCUGCUGCCGUAAGGCCAGCACUGCUGUUUUGCAGAAAUUGCGGCCGCACAAAGGUGGAGGUGGAGUCCGGCUCCCAAUCAUUGAUUCGUAUGAUUAAUAGACAAAUGGGCCGGGAUGCAAUACUAGGAGUGCUGUUUGAUAUUGAUUCUUUAGCUAUGCAUUUUGAUUUUGUUAAGUUCGGGUUCGCUAUGCGGGAAGGUAAUUUUGCUACUCACAAGGUGGCUUCGUUUGCUACCAAGCAUGGUGGCGAGUUCCUUUGGGAUGAAAUUGGCCCAGAUUUUUUAUUUAAUAUUCUUGCAACUGAUGUAAACCUUGUCAUUCAACUUUAAUAAAGUUCUAUCUUUUUUGCAAGAUGAA